AUGGGCCAUCAUAUGCUAUGCACUUUUGCUGCUUCAGAAAAUGCCACCUUCUGCCACCAUCAUCAUGCAACUCAGAAAUCCAUAUCAAGCAAUCCUGUUUCCUCAUUGAUCGAUGAGAUAUGCCAUAUCCAUCAUCAGUUAAGCCAAAUCGAUUGCUUGGUACCCGGUGAUCAUGUAAACGCACUCUUCACAAAGCUAGUUACUAUUUGCACCUUUCAGUAUGAUAACAACACGGUCAAUACUGUACUCAAUGAUGCCCAUAUCAUUCCAUUGAUUCCUGCAUUGCGUGCCAUGGCCUCUCAAGGUGAGUACUUGCUGGAGCUUACAUGGGCAAAAGAGCUGUCCAAGGAGCUUUGUCCCAAGCUGUCGAGAUUUGUAUACCACCAAAACUAUGUCGAUUUGGUCAAACUGGAACUUCAUGCUCUUCAUGGUGUGAAUGCUGUAUUAAACACAAUUGUGUUCAUUGGUAGCGGCCCUCUUCCCUUGUCUCCCAUCAUGAUGUAUCAGGAACUAUCAAAAACUACAAACCCCAAUGUGAUGAUGCACAACAUUGAUCGAGAUGAAGCGUCUAUUACUGUUUCCAAUACGCUACUAUCAAAACUUGGUAUCGAUCAUGGGUUCAAGCAGCACGUUAUGGACGCCACGGAUUAUUCUGACUUUGCAGAUGCGGAUCUAGUUGUCCUGGGUGCACUCGUGGGUCAAGAUGUACAAGAAAAGAUGGAAUUUUUGGCUCAUAUAGGGAAUAGCAUGAAACAAGGAUCCUAUCUCAUGGCUCGUAGUGCUCACUCUUUGCGCAAAUUGCUGUACCCCUCUGUAGAGCCGUAUCAAGUAAACGCUUGUGGAUUUGAAACGGCUGUCGUCUUGCAUCCAUACAACGAUGUUGUAAAUUCUGUCCUGAUUGCAAAAAAGUGUUGA